GCAGCUUGUUUUGACUGCAGGUCUUUACCUCACCAUGUCAUAACUUGUAAUUAUCUCAGUUGACAAGCCACAUUCAGAGUGGAAGCUGGCAAACAUGGACAAGCAUGACUGCAUCUUUCCCAACAGCAAGUUUGCUUCAUCCUCCACCUGCUUCUUGAUCCCCAGCAUGUGUACGAAAAACAAAAAAGCAAAGUGAGGAAGCGACUCAGUCCUUUGCUGCCUCUUGACAGGAAGGAACAACCUCUGAGCUGUGACUUGCCAAAAGCUUGCCACUUUUAUCUUCAAUGUCUCUUUAAGAGCCGUAACACCUUUUGUUCUAAGGACUCUACGGAAAUAUGCUCUGCAUGCUGCCAGAAAGGGGGAAAUAGUGAUCAGCCUCUGUCUGCCUCCCCCACCUCUUCUCCAGUGAACAAUAUCCUCUUCUAAACCCAAACACCCCUCACCCCAAUUUUCAAGUUGUCUUCUUGGUUUUAUUUGUGCCACACACACAAACUCCUUGGAUGAUUGCCUGGGCAGAUGGUUCUCAGUGUGUGGACGACUUGCUGAGACAGGACAGAGUGGGUAAAGUCCUCGCUGGUCAUGGGAUGCUGCAGCAUGACUCAGAGGCAUACAGGAGUGGACGAAGUGGGUCCAGAUGAGAUUGAACUGCUGGAACUUUCUGGAGACAAUUUGGGUGUAUGGAGUCUGAGCGAAAACAAGGUUCAGCUGUCGGUGAGGAACAGCAGAGAUGAGCAGCAGCUACCACCACAGCCACAAUGCAGAGCCUCAGUACAACACCUGGAAAAGGAGGUGGUGCUGUGGGGCAGGAGCAGAGAUGAGCUUCACCACAGGAUUUACUCUCAGCAGCCAAUCAGGGGCUGGGAGGGCCAACCUGCUCAUGUUUACGGAGAGGUCAUCCACUCCUCUGUGGUGUUUCUCUACAACAACUACACACAGGAAACCAGUGAACGGUUCCUGUUGUUGUUUUCUUUUCACCUUUUAAUCCUGUCUCUGGACCACCCCCGAGAAGACUUCAUAUAUGAGGGUAUUCUUCCUGUUUCUGGGCUGUCUCUCCGAGCCGUAUCCCUGGGGCCGGGUGUGUCACUUUCAACACACACGUUUGAGAUCAGCAGUCCAAUGGUUGACUCUAAGGUGUUUAUAUGUGCCAGUGCAGGAGAGUUACAGAAAUGGAUGCAGCACAUAGAAGACAGGAGAUACAAGUCCAUGAUGCAACCUAUGAGUCCCUCCCACUGUGCUCUUUCUUAUCUCCUGCCUUGUGAUGAACAUUGGAAAAGAGAGGAGCUGAAAAAAUAUUUACUGCAGGCUCCCAUAUGGAACUGGGAGGGCUCGCCUAUACAGCACAUGGGUCCACCUGCAUACAUCUCUAUUGUUCACAUCAUCAACACUCAAAGACAGGGUCUCCAAGAAAGAUUGAUGGUUCUCUUUCCUCAAGAUGUCCUGCUGCUUUCUGUGGACAGCAAGCGGCUGAAUGUAAUAUAUGAGGGCAGGUUGGCUCGACACAGCAUCAAAGCAGUGGAGCGUUCAGCCCUUCCUGGACGGCUGGAGUUUGAUCUGAGAGGGGAGCUGGUGGAGCAGCUGCAGGUCUCCUGCACCUCUGUGGAGGAUUAUCAGACCUGGAUUUUUUACCUACAGCAGCCAGACAGAGAAAGCCACAUUAUCAUGAGUCAGCCACCUCCUCCAUUAAUGCCAAAGCUGCAGAGAAACAGGAAGGAGACCCAGGAGCAAAUCUUAGCAGGCGACCAGUGUCACAUCAACGCGCGAGACUGACUCAGGAACUGAGGAAAAAGUUUACUGUAAAUGUAAAUCCAAAUGUAAAAAAAGUAUUUAUUACUUUGAUAUUUGCCAGAAUAUGAUGACAUGAAGUGGGGAACGUUCUUGUCCUAUUUUGGAUAUAGUUGGGUGAUUUGAUCAUUUCUAAGAAUCGGAUGAAUCUCUAUUUUAUCUUUGGGCAGACUGAAAGCAGAUCAUGAUCCAGUUUUAAGAACAGAACAUAGCUGCAGUGAUAUCAGAUAUAUAGAGCAGAAAGCUAGGGCUGAAAAAGUUGUACAUAUCUGUAUGUAGCUCUUUACUAAUAAACUGUUUUUAAUGGAA